CGCCAACUGUACGUAACCUCUGAAACUACGUGCGCAAUGGAGGCUCAUUUUCAAUAAAAUUUUCCUGCAUGUACGUAAUGUGUUUUUGAGAGUUAAAAGUGGAGCAUUUUGUGUGAUAGUGAGACUUUUAUUCUCUGUGAAAGCCAGUGAACAUAUUGCCCUAGAUCUCUACUGGCAUGGAGCUAGGAGCGCACUGAUAGUGAUAGUCUACGAGAUCUUGGUUUCUAUGCAUUGCCUGCCAAAGAAGAACUGAGCCCAAUGUUUCCACACAAUUCUAGUUCACAUGAGAUUUCUACCGAAACAAAUGCCUUCGUACAAAAUUCCAAGGGAGAUGUAGUAGUAUUAGAGGGAAGCAGUCUGAGUGGGGUGGGGGAGGGGAAAGGACCAGAGCACGCUAGGUACUGUGAUAUCAAAUCCAUAAACAGCAGCAUGAUGGCAGCACCUACCAGCCACCCCGAAGCUACCGCCGCCAAUGACUUCUUAACCGUCCUGUCACGCCAUUCUGGUGAGUUCAGCUCAGCCAGCAUCGGCGAGGCCCGCCAGUCAGUGGCGCCAGCAACCACAAAAAACCCAACAAAUCACCUUCUAACCUAUGAUAAUAAUAAUAAAGUAAAUAACCACAACAACAAUGCAGAACAUAAUCAUCACAGAAAGCAAAACACACUGAGCUUGCUUGGUCAGCUGGGCAGCUCUGCCGAUAACUCUAAGUCUACUUGUAAGCCGUUAAGUGAUAAUAAGGAUAGCUUUAGAGAUCUAAGCAUUAGGGUACUAAAGAUAAGUCUAUAUCUAAAUGUUAGGAGGGGUGAUGCGCGCUAUCCCGCUGGGGUACCUAGCCUAGUUAGGAUACCCAAGUCUGAUUACCCCCAGCGGCUGCCGCAUCUCGCUGACUCUGUCGACAAUUACUCCUUACUAGGGUCCCGCCUUUGCACAGGCGACAACAAUAACCUUAAGGCUAAUCUUAGUUUCAUAAGUAAUAAUAACUCCAAGUCUGUGAUAUUGCUCAGCUCAACCAGUUACGGUGAUUAUUAUCUUCUUCUCGACAAGAACAACAACAACAACAACAAGAGCCUUGCCGAUAAUAUUAUUGACGAAUUGGAAAGCACGAAAUCACUAAACGGUAACCGCUCUCUGAUUAGCGAUCUCGCGCACGUCCAUCGAUACCUCGUUCAUAAUAAGAUCAUUAAUGAUACGAAAUUAACGGCAGGAAGUGUCUUUGAAUUGCAAUAUUGUUCGAAUGAUAGCACUACUCUCGAGACAAGAUUGUUCCCCGCUUACGCUCAGAAUUUCGCGGCGCAUUCCGCCAGUUCUUCCAUUACGCUUAUCGUUUCCAAAAACGAAAUCACCGACCACGCUCUGCAAUCUUUCCUAGAGAGUCUCACACGAGUCCGAGAAUCAUCUACUUCUCCACUAGGGCACGUCACCGUGACCGAGCUGACGCAACGCAUAUGUGUUCCAUUAUUGAUAGAAUCUAAGCGUUAUGAUAACGACGUUGGUAAUAAUUAUUAUUGUAAUAAUAAUGAUGAUGAUGAUAACAAUAGCGUUAGGUGUAUUGGUGAAGAAAUGAAUAUUAGAAACAAUAAUCCAGAUGUUAUCCAAGACAUUGUUAACGUCGCUGUGUGCUACAAGACUAGUUGUAUAAUGACUACUAAUGCUAGGACAUUAGGGUCACAAAAUGAUGGUAUUAGCUGUACCGAAGCAACAAUGUUUACUGUUGGUGCUCUUUCAUUUCAGGAUAACGAUAAGUCUAACAAGCCUCUAAACGCUAGCUUUAAGAAUGAUAAGUAUCAAGUGUCUACUAAGGUUGGUCAUGAAUCUAACUCUAAAGUUAAGUCUGUAUCUAAGUCUAGCGAUAAGUCUGAUAUGUCUCGUACCAUUCGGCGCGACAAUUACAAUGACAAAGAGGAAAUAAUAAUGUCGGCCGUCAACAUUCCUAUAUUGACUACCUGCGAGCCUACGAUGACGCUUAAUUGCCAAUCAGCCACCGUCACAUCCCAAACAAUUGCUGUUACUGUACCUGUUUCUCAAUAUGAGAAUUGCUCGAACAAUGACGAACAUUAUAAAAAAAAUGUUGUUAAUAUCCAAUCGUUAUCCACGAUCAAUGACAAUUCGAUUUCAAUUGAAUCAAAAACCGACAUUUUAUCACAUCACGAUCAAGACAAAUCACAUGACAUAAAUAUCUCAAAGAUGGUCGAAUCAUCGCAAUUGAUCAGCUAUAUUCGCACCCUCAUUCCAGCAUAUCAAAAAGCAUACCAAAACAAAGACAACAAUGAAAUUUUACGUCAACGACUGAAUGUUGCCUUGAAUACUCUAUUUAGCCGACAAUUACAAAAAUGUAAUGAAAUUUUAAAACCAAUACACGAUUAUAAACGACGAUGGAGCAUUCCCGCGAUAUGUCGCCUAAUUGGCGGUGGUGAAACAUCAUUGAAUACAAGUGGAACAGCUAAUUGGGGUACAUCACAAGCAACAACUCCAAAUAAUAAUAAUGCAACGCAAUCAGGUUGGGGUGGAACACCUGGAAAUCCACCGGGCAAUAAUGGACCGCCAAAUAAUUGGGGUGGUAAUAAUGUUAAUCGUCCACAAUCUAUAACCGGUAAUCCAAAUCAAAAUCAGGGCCCACCUGGUAAUCAGAAUAAUCAAGGAAAUGUUAAUAAAACGAACAAUUCAAAUCCACCGCAAAAUUCACAACCCGGUGGUGGACCACCAACAUCGCAAUCGAACAAUACAGUCCAAGGUGGUAAUCAAAAUAAUGCCCCAUGGCCUCAAAAUAAACCAAAUAAUCCAGUUGGACCAGGACCCAAUCAAGCGACACAGAACAACAAUAGUAAUAAUGUGCCACAACAACAACAACAACAACAACAGCAGCAACAACAACAGCAACAACAACAGUCGUCCACUCCCAAUGCCAAUAAUAAUCAAAUUAAUAAUUCUAAUCAAGGACAAGUUGCUGCAACAACGCCAACAACUACAAAUCCAUCGACUAAGCAACAAUUGGAACAACUCAAUACCAUGAGAGAGGCACUUUUCAGUCAAGAUGGCUGGGGCUGUCAACAUGUAAAUCAAGAUACAAACUGGGAUGUACCAACUUCUCCGGAACCAAAUAUAACCAAAGAUGGUCCGCCAAUGUGGAAACCAGCAGUUAAUAACGGUACUGAUUUAUGGGAAGUAAAUUUGCGCAAUGGUGGACAACCACCCCCUCAACAGCAAGCAAAAACUCCAUGGGGUCAUACACCAUCAACAAAUAUUGGUGGCACAUGGGGCGAGGAUGAUGAAUCUGCUGAUUCUUCAAAUAUGUGGACUGGAGCACCUGCACCUAGUCAACCAAAUACACCACAGUGGCCGGGUGCUACCGGUAAUCAAACCGGAGGUGGUGGAGGAGGCGGAGGUGGCGGUGGAGGAUCAAAUUGGGGUGAUCCAAGAAUUGAUCCACGUGAUCCGCGAGAUAUUCGAUCGGUGGAUCCACGUGAAAUGCGUGAUCCACGUGAUCAUCGUAUGUCACUCGAUCCAAGGGAGCAUAUACGUGUUAUUGAUCCAAUGGCACGUGAUCCAAGAAUGGCUGAUAUGCGUGGUGAUCCACGUGGUAUUUCAGGACGUCUUAAUGGAGCAGGCGGUGAUGCAAUGUGGGGACAACCACCAGGACCACCGCAUCAUCAAAUGGGCCAUCAGCAUCCGUCCGGCCCACCAACUAAAAUGAUUAAUCCAUCGAGCAUGAAUCAAUGGUCCGGCCCACCGCCAAAGGAAAUGAUGCCUGGUAGUAAGCCAUCAGGUUGGGAAGAACCAUCACCACCAACUCAACGACGUAGCGUACAAAAUUACGAUGAUGGAACUAGUCUCUGGGGUAAUCCAGGACCAAAUCAACAACGCAGCAUGCCAGGAACCAAAGUUUCACACUGGAAAGAUUUGCCUGUUCCGAAUAUUGCACGUGGAGGAAUGCAAUGCCCUCCCGGAAUGCCACAAAAUCGUAUGCCCGGUCAACCAGGCAUGAAACCAGACGUCGGUGGUCCAAUGUGGAGUCAUCCAAGUGGUCCAGGUGGACGUAAUGGAUCAUGGGGCGAUGGACCACAUGAAACUGCCGCUUGGGAUGAAACUAAAGGACCCACAACAUGGAAUGAACCACAAUUAAAUCCAGCCUCUUGGGGAGGACCCGCUGCACACAAACCAAAACCAUUGGGACCCAGUGGAAGCUGGGCCGAUUCCGAUAUGGAACCAACGUCCAGCUGGGGUCAUCCUUCGAAACCAACACUCACCAAGGAGAUUAUUUGCAACAGUCGCGAAUUUCGUUCAUUAUGUGAAAUGGGCUACAAGAAGGAAGAUGUUGAGGUAGCUUUGAGAAAUCGCGAGAUGAAUCGAGACGAAGCACAAGAAUUGUUGAAUCAAGUGCGUCCAUUGGAUCAAUGGCGACGUCAUGAAGCUCAUUCUGGUUAUGAGCUUGCAAAUCAAGGGACCUCAGGUCCAAGUUAUCCGAGAUUCAAUCAUGUUGCGCAGCAGAUGUCAUUCCCUCCGGGGGCUGGAGUGCCCAGCGGGGCGGCUACUGGCGGCGUAAGUGGUUCUGUGGCCAGCGCCAGUCUUCUCAAGUUACAACAGCAACAACAACAACAGCAACAGCAGGCAGCUGUUCAACUCCAGCAACAGCAACCCAGUUCCAAUGCGCCGCAGCCUCCUUUUAACCAGGCAUCGAGAACUCCACAAAAUCAACCGAGCACUCAACAAUUGCGAAUGCUUGUACAACAAAUUCAACUUGCUGUUCAAGAAGGCUAUCUCAAUCAUCAAAUUUUAAAUCAACCAUUAGCGCCACAAACAUUGAUUCUUUUAAAUCAAUUAUUACAACAGAUCAAAGUUCUUCAACAAUUGCAUCAACAACACACUGUACAGAGUUCUGUUAAGGGCAAUAAUCAAACAGUUCUUCAGAUCAGUGUUCAAAUUACAAAGACAAAGCAACAAAUUGCUAAUCUACAAAAUCAAAUUGCUGUUCAACAAGCGACUUACAUGAAACAACAGCAGCAACAACAACAUCCAGCUGCUCCAUCGCAGUCAUCUGAUUAUUAUAAAACACCAGUUCACGAUCCGAUUAGCGCUCUUCAGAAUACUUUCAGUGAUUUGACAAUGAACAAAGAGCCACCACCAGUUAGUCAACAGCAGUCAAGAUUAAACCAGUGGAAAUUGCCCUCACUUGACAAAGAUGGAGAUUCUGUGGUUAAUGAAUUUUCUCGCGCUCCUGGUACCACCAGCAAACCACCACAAGCACCUGGUGGACUCACUCAAUCACAUUCAAGUCCAAAUAUGAAUCCCCUAUUGGGACAAGGCGAUGGACCAUGGUCCACGCGACUCGGCGAAAGCGGUUGGCCAGACGCAGGAAACAGCGAUUCCACCGAUGGUAAAGACUGGCAACCAGGAGGCGCUGCAUUCACCGAUCUUGUUCCUGAAUUUGAACCCGGCAAACCAUGGAAGGGUACGCAGAUGAAAAGUAUCGAAGACGAUCCUAGUAUUACUCCCGGUUCGGUCGUUCGUUCACCACUCUCAUUGGCUGCCAUCAAGGAUCCUGAUGCAAUAUUUUCAUCGAGCAGCAAAUCUUCACCACCGCCUCAAUCAGCAAACGCUGAAACUUCCAUUCCAAGUCUCAGUAAUUCAACAUGGAGCUUUAAUCCACCUGCGACAACACCUAGUGCAUUUACUAGUGCGAAAAAUACAUGGGGUGAAUCAGCACCACCACCAACGGCAGUGACCUCAGAAUUAUGGGGCGCACCAAUGAACAAGGCUCGUGGACCACCUCCAGGUUUGAGUAGCAAGGGUAGCAUUGGAAAUGCAAGCAACGGUUGGAGUGGCUUAAGUUCCGUGAGUCGAUCAGCAAGCUCUUGGGGUCUACAAUCAGGUGGUGGCAAUUCAGGAUGGGUCUCCACUUGGCUUUUACUCAAGAAUCUUACUCCACAAAUUGAUGGUUCAACACUCAAAACUCUCUGUAUGCAACACGGACCGGUACAAGAUUUCCGGUUGUACCUGAAUCAUGGAAUUGCACUCACUAAAUACUCAUCGCGAGAUGAAGCCAGCAAGGCUCAAGGUGCAUUAAACAAUUGUGUCCUCGGCAAUACAACAAUAUUCGCAGAAUCUCCUGGUGAUAGUGAAGUUCACACUUUACUGCAACAGUUAAGUCACGGCGGUCAACAACAGACGAGCGCAUCCGGCAAUAGUGGUUGGGGUCUUCGACCAACGAAUAAAACGGCCCAACCACCAGAUACAUGGGGCGGUAGUUCCAGUCAACUUUGGGGUGCUCCACCCACGAGCAAUUCAUUAUGGAGCAACGCGGGACUUGACAGCAGCGAUCAGCAACGAGCAACUCCAAGCUCACUCAAUUCGUACUUGCCCGGAGAUCUUCUGGGAGAUGUGUAUGCUUGAAAGUACUGAUCAUCUCAUGAGUUGGUCGAAAUUAUUUGGUAAACUCGAGGUAGAAAUUGAGAUAAAGAAGGAGAAAAAAAAAUAAAUGAUACAUCAACGGCGAUCCGGAGAAUCAUUUUUCAAAAAAAAAAAAGAGAGAGAGAGAGAGAGAAAAAAUUUGCUCAGGAGCUUUUUAAAAGCAUACAUAAGAAAUCAUUGUUGCGGCUCUUUUUUCUAACUCCCAACCUUCUCGAGACAUAUAUGGCACAUAAUCAAAUUGAUCCAAAAAUAAUAAAACUAAAUAAAUUGAAUUCUAAUGAACUGUAUAGCACAGUCAAAGACAUCGAAAGACUGAUGGAUGUUUAGAUUUUAACUCCGCUUGUUAAAAAACCGCAGAACCUCACAGGGAAAUAACCCUGGCUUUAAAGAAUUAAUGACAAAAAUAAAAAUUAAUGAAAAAAAAAAAAAAAAAAAAAAACGACGACGACGAGAAGAUGAAGAAGAAGAAAAAAAAAUUAAAAAUUAAAAAAUAAUCAGAAAUUAACUUGACAAAAAAUGACAAUACAGUUAAUAUCGAAAAUAAAAAGAAAUAUAACAUAAUAAAAAUAUAAAAUAAAAGAUAAAAAUAGCAGAGAGCUCGGCUUUUUGUAACUGAAAAUAAAUAGACAAUUUUCAUUAUUUUUGCACCCCUUGACUCAUCAUCAUUUUAAGAAAUUGCUGAAAGUCUAAUGAUUCUUGAGGAGAAGUGCUCAUGAUUUAUUUUUCUAUCAAAUUCGCAUUAAAUUUAGUUGCAUUUAUCUUGAGAAUUUUUAGUCCUUCCUUUAUUGUCUCAUCCUCAAGAUUAGUUAAUGGUGAAACAGUUUCUAAGUCAUAAAUAUCGCUAUUGUCAAUAAUUGCUACCAAGUCUUUUAAUCCGGCAAUUGUUUGGUGAGAUUCAUCUAUCUUGAAAUGGGUCAUCUGCUCUUUUUCAAAAUGAAUUUUUUCAAAAAGAAAAGAAGCCAUGCUAAUGUUUGGAUAUCUGUUUUUGACAUCCUGAGGUACACCUGGUUCCAAGAAACUUACGUAGGACCAAUGAAUACCGUAUUUCUCUUUUUAACUUCUUUAUAUGUCCUGCGAACAAAGCAAUUUCACGAAUAAUUGUCAAAUCUCGAUGAGCAAGGGUCUUUGUCGCUCCAAGCAUAAACUCUGAUAUGAAUUUAUAUACAGAAAUACCAGCGUAAUUUAUUAAACUAUAAGUAGCCUUUGUUUCUGGAUAGACAAUUGAUUCUCUCAAAAAGAAAUAAAACAUACUUACCAAUAAUGGAAAUUGAUUCAGUAUAUUUUUGAUCUCUUUGUAAAAAGAGUCAGGAAUAAUGAAUUUUUUUACAUUGCCUCCGAGUAGGAAAUUAAAAACUCCGAUCCUCUUUUUCUUAAAUUCUUCGUAAUGAUCAUUAUUGUCGAAAGAUUUAUAUAAACACAGAUAAAUGAAAAGUAUUGAAGUUUUUAUUUCAUGGUCUGUGAAGAUUGGAUUGAUCUUAUUUAAUUCUGUGAAAGGAUCUUCAUCAGUAUGAGGUAUCUAAUUGAUCGACAAUAUCACCUUACAAAAUUUCUCAUCACUUUCACAGUUAUCUCCAAUUACCAAGAUUAUUUUGUCGGGAUUACGUAGAUAUUUUUUGAAAUAUCCAGAGAAUUCUGGAUAAAUUGUAAAUAGAGAUAACCAGAUUCUUACAGAGGUUGUAGUAACUCUUAUUUCCUUCAUACAAAUUGCCCUGGAGUAAUACUCCAGUAAUAUAGAGUAAUCUCCAGGAAUAUAUGUGAUACUGUCCACUAUCUUGGCUUUUAAUCUUGGUGUUUUGAAUUUUAACAGAUUUAGAAUAUUGACUAAUUCUUGAAGCAAGAAUUUUUUUUUCAUGAUCAAUCGAAUCUAAAUACUGUUCUCCUUUCACUUUGAUGAGAAUGUCUUGUCAAGAAUAAAUAUCAGGCUGAUGCUUUAUACUUUCAUAAUCCUUGUCAGAAAAAAUUGUCAAUCUUUCCACUUUUUCCAGUGAUUAAUAAACCCUAAAUCAGGAUCAAUAGAUAAUUCAUCCUUACUAAAUGUUGCUCUAGACAUUGACAUCGAAUAAUUAUUCAUUAUAGUUUUUUUAAAAAAGUUAAAAGGUAUAAUUUUAAAUUUUAAAAUUACUUGGAGCUCCAGAAAAAAAAAUUAAUUAAGAUUGAGAUUCUAGUGGUCGCCGUAUUUAGUGAUUUUUCAAAAAAAAAAAAAAAAACAAAAAAAACAUACAUUGAUAAGAAAAAAAAAACCGAUUCUUCCGUGAUGGUUGUUCCCCAAGCAAAAAUACCUCUUUCAAAACCAGUCAUUUAAUUGGACCUGAGCUUGACGCAUGACUGUAAAAACUCGAAUAAUUUUUUUUUUUUUUUUUCCAUUUCCUUUUAUCGAUACGCGCGAAUGCUCAUGUGGACCUAGUGGACCUUAUACAUACAUAUAUAAAUUUAAGACUGUUUUAAGCCAUAGAACUGAUAUUAACAAUUAUUAUCCAAGUCAAUGAAAGGUGUGGGAAUGGAAAAUGGGAAUUCUAUACUUAAACGAAUGUUUAUGAAAGUAUUUAUUUUAUUUACGUACUACUAUUAACUAGUAAGGCUCGUUUAGAGACAAGAGGGGGGAGGGGAGGGGGUUUGGGAAAUUGGGAGAAGAUUAGUAGGCUUCUUUAAAUUACGCACAGUGUCUUAAGGCUGGCCACCCUGUGUCUUUUCUUUCUCAAAAUAUCCAGCACACACACAUACACACACUAAUUUGUUCCUGUAAAACUCGUCUAAUCUGUAUUAAUCGCUAUAUUAUUAGGGAAAACAAAAAAAAAAAAAACAUUCUUAGGACAAAAAAAUAUUGGAACUCUGAAUCAGUAAAAUUAAUUUAUCAUGCUGUUAAACAAAACCAAAAUUCUAGCUUGUAAUCCGCUAUAAUAAAAAAAAAAAAAAAAAUCUUUAAGCACCCUAGUGCCAUUGAAAGGAUUCCAUCCACCAAAGAUCAAUUUUUAGUCUUGCUUUUCUCAUGUUUUAUUUGAUAUUUAAAAAAAAAAAGGAUUCAAGUAGAAUAAAAAAUAAAAACGCUUGAAAUUAAUUUUAAUGUCUCAGAGAAUCCUUUCUACCUUGUUUCGUGCAAUCAUAGAAUUAGUUAGAUUUUAAGAACUAGAGCCCUUUGGGCAGGGACGGUUUCAAUAAAUAUUUAAAAAGAAAACAUAUUGAUAGGAAAAAAUUAGCUUUUUUUUUUUAGAAAAGGCAAUUUUUUUUUUGGGAAAAUUUCUCCUCAAUCCUCGGAAGACAAGAAGUUUUCGUUUAGUCUGAUGUCCGUACAAACUUUAAUAAUGUUCCUUCGCUUUUUAUUAAUUUUUUUUUUUUUGGUAUAUAUGUAAAAUUAUUCUCGUUACUCGACUGCUGUCAUCCUCAUAUAUCGACAAAUUCUCUCCGAUAAAAAGAAAUAAACAAAAUUUGUAAAAAUCAUCGACUCGAAGUUCGCUCUCUAGCAAGUCGAGAAAUGAGGUGACUAGUCGUGAUUGCUUAGUUAUUAUUAUUAUUAUUAUUACUAUUAUUAUUAAUAUUAAUAUUAUUAUAUUUAUUAAUUAUUAUCGUAUUAUUAAUUAAUUAUUUUAGCUCUCCUCUGCUCGGUUUAAUUUUGAUGAGCCCCUUCUUGUCAACCGAGAGAAAAUUAGAAAUUUUAUUAUUGGUUUAAAAAAGUGAUUUUUCAACUGUUAGAACUGAAAGCAAGAAAAAAAAAUAUUAAAACAAUUUUUAGAAUUUUUCUUUUUCUGUCAAUAGUCGAAAAAUUGUUUUAAAAUUUUUUUUAGUCCUGAAAAAUUGGAAAUUUUAAAAAAUAAUUUUAUUUUACCCCUGCUCGACGAUCUCUACUGGGAACAGUUGAAAAUCGCCAACGAGGUAUUAGAUACACACUCCAAAAACCUCAACGCAAGGCCUUAAUAUACUUAUCAUAGUCGUAUUCAAAAAUAUGGAUGCAUAUUACGUAAAACGAAUGGAAAAGAAAAUAGGAACAUUGUAAAAUCUCUCCUCGCCAAGCAUCGAAAAAUCUGUUACUGAUUUAAUUUAAAAAAAAAAGGAAACUGUUCCAUGCAAUUCAAUUGAAAAAAUUCAAAAAUGUUUCAAUUUUUCAAAUUCAAUUAAAAUUCAAACAUUUACAAUUUUUCAAUUUAAUUGAAAAAGUUUAAAGAAAUUUUUAUUCAAAUUAAAAAAUAAAAAAAAAACUCAAUUCAAUCGAUAAGCGCGAGUCAAACAAUCACAGGGACAGAUUUUGAGAGCGGGGCAAAAAAAUUUAGACAUUAAAAAAAAAAAAAAUUGAGCGCGCAUUCGCGUAUAAUGUAAAUGUGAAGCUGCAUAUUAAAAAAAAAAAGAAAAGUAAUAAUAAUUUGGAUGAAAUAGAGAAAAAAAAAAUACACAACAUGCAUUUACACGCGAAAGAAAACACACACUCACGUACUACAUAUGCAUACAGGUACUUUAGUGUUAUAAGGAAGCACGUUAUUUUUUAUUGUAGAACUUUAAAGUCAGAUUUUUUAGGAUAAUAUAAUAUAAAAUAAUAAAAAAUAAAAAAACAAAAAAAAAAAAACAAAAAAAAAUGUGGGAGAGAGAGAGAGACACCUCUUUGCGUGUGUCUUGUUCGCGAAGAUUUUGAAAGAUAAAAGCAAAACAAUAAAAUUUUUUGUAGAGGCACGUCCAUUCGAUUUUAAAAGAAAAAUAAAAAAGAAAGCAAACAAAACUUUUUUAAGAUCCGAAGGGAUGAGACUCGAAUUUAUAAUAGAAAAUAUGAAAUGAAAUUAGAUGAAAAACUCAUAAAAACGAAGCAAUAUAACAAUUGCAUAUGAAAAAAAAAUAAAUAAAUAAACGGUCGCAAGACGAAGUAAAAUAUAACUACUUAUUAAAAAAAUUUAAAAAAAACGUUGUACUGCGAUUAUUAUUGUUCUUGUAUGAGUGAUGAAAAAAAAAGCGUUUAAAGGGCAACAAAAAAAAAAUGAAAUUAAAAAGUGCAUUCUCGAAUCUUGAUACCAGUUUAUUGUGUCUGAAUAUAUAUAUAUAUAUUUUUUUUUUUUGAUUGAUUAUAUUAAAAUUAUUUGUAGCCCCAUUGUAUCGUGAUUAUUAUGGUUUUUUUGUAAAAUGGGGCGUUUUUCAUUAUAAUUAUUAAUUGUACAUUUCCGGUUGUAGUCGUAUCUGCGAAAGGAUUAAAAAAAAAUCAAUUUUGACAUAGCGAAUUUUCUGAGCGGGAUUUUCGCUUGUCGCUCUUCUUUUUUUGUUAUUAUUUUUUUUUUUUAUAAUUGAUAUUUUGAGCGAGGUUUUUUAAUGAAAAAAAAAGAGAGAGAGAAUUAUCCUGCGCGGAUGCGACCGCGCGCGAUGGCGGCCUUUGAAAGUGUUUUUUUCUGUUUUAUUUUUAUUUUUAUUUUUUUUGUUCUUUUAAGGAAAAAGAGUAUCAAGCAGCUGUACCUAAGUAGUAUAAUGAUACCUAUUUCAUUAUUAAUUAUUAUUAUUAUUAUUAUUAUUAUAUAUUAUUAUUAUUACUAUUAUUAUUAUUAUUAUAUUAUUAUUAUUGCUAUUAUUAAUUAUAUUAUUAUAUAAAUAUUAUAUUAAAAUAAAUCAAUAAAAAAAAUUUCAAAAUUGUACAAUUCCAGAAUGCUGUAAAAUAAUCACCCCCCUGAACUUGACUUGUGCCAGUUUGCGUUAGAAUUUAAGAAAAAAUUUCGAUUAUCAUCAUUAUUAUUACUAUUACUAUAAUUAAUAAUAAUAAUUUAUUAUUAUUAUUACGACUCGUGUUUAAUCUGUCGUGACUGAUUAUGACGAUAAUUAUUGCCGAAAGUGACGAAAGUGAUUUGACUAUAAUCGUUUUCUGUGAAUAUUCCCCUUCGAAUUAAGAAAGGACUUGUGACUUUUUCCCCGAAAAAAAAGUCUAUUUAAAAAAAAAUAUAUGUUAAAAAAAAUGUUGAUGAGUAAUUUGUUAAUGUUUCUGUAUUUUAUAGAAAAAAAAGUAAUUAAUUUGUUGAAAUUUCAAUUUUUUCAAAAAAAAAAAAUUUUCAAAUUGCGAGAAAUUUCAAUAAUUGGAAAUGUUGAUAGUAUUACCUUGUCUUUUGUUGUUUUUUUUUUUUUUAAUCUAAGAAAAGAACGAUCGAUUGAAACAAAAGUUUCUUGAUGAAGAAAGUGCGAAAGAAAGGGAUCUUUUUUUUUCGAAUAAUAUUCGAAAAAAAAGAGAUAAAACCAGAUGAAAUGUGAAUAUUAGAGAACCUCGUCCAUCCUUAAAACAUGUCUCUUGGAAUUUUAUUCACCAUUAUUAUAGUUGUAUAAUAUAAUAUAUGCGAAUUUCCAUGAGGUUUAAGGAUAAUAUAUGGACUUCUGUGAGAGAAAAGUGAAAAUAGUAAUAUUAAAAAGAAAUUAUAUUCAAGUACAAGUGUUCAAGUCAUAUUAUAGGUACUUAAAUUUAACGCAUAAAUUAAUUAUGCGUUUUUACUCAAAAUACUCUUCUCACGUUGUAAUCUAGGCUAUAAGAUUCUAAAAAGAAAAGUCCUAGAAGACAAAAAAAAAAAAAAAAAAAAAAAAUGAAGCUGUGUUUAAAAAAAAAAUUAAAUAAAUAAAUGAAAAGCUGAAUCGCUUUUUACGAACGGGACCUCGACACAGCAGAUUCGAAAUUCAAUUUUACAAUUAUGUUCCAAAAUAAAAAAAAAAAAAAAGAAAUAAAUUGUCUUUCGAAACUGCUGGUCGCACGAAAUACGUACAAAGAUCGCAUUCAAAACUUGCAUUUCUCAAAGGAAAAAGCAAUUGAAUAAUAAUUGUAACUUUUGAAUUUUAUUAUAAAAAAAAAAAAAAAUCUGACAUUCGUCAUUUGAUUUGUUUUCAUACAAUAAUAAUUCAAUUACUAUUUUCAAAAACCAAACGCUUGUCAAUGAAAAAAAAACAUUUGACCACUGAAAAUUUAAUUUUUAAGAAAAAUAAAUUCGAUACUAAAAAUGAGGCCAUUAGUAUAUCAAAUAUUAUAAUAGACAGUCAAUAAAAAAUGAAAAAGAAAAAUUAAUCAAAAUUCAAAUCGUAUCUGUCUGACUGGCACUUUUCUAAAAAAGACAAAAAAAAAAAAAAAAACUUGAUCCUACUAUCAAAACUUUUUUAUACCAUCCUUUUUAAAAUAGAUAAGCCAGGAAAAAGUUUUUAAAAUAUUUUGUUACUGAAAAUAACAAAACAAAAAAAAUAUGAGAAAACAGAUCUCCUUCAUUUACUAUUUUUCUUUAUGAAAAAAAAAAAAACGAGAUAAUUCUUAAUUUUAAGGAAAUAUUUUUUCAAAUAAUAUAUAAAUAUAUGUGUAAAAUGCAAUAGAUGAAAUUAGCAUUUUUUCUUAAAUGAAUUUUCUUAUAAUUAAAAGAAAAAAAAAAAAAAAUGAACGAUGAAAGAUGUUGAUUUUUUCUUUUGUUUAAAUAUUAACUUGCAAUAAUAAUAUAAAUUCGCGGUAAAAACAGAAAUUUUUCUGAAUAAACGAAGGAGAUUGGAAACGUACAUAUACGUAUGCAUACCUUUAUCUACGCAUGUAAUCACAUGAGUAAUUAUAUACAAUAAUGAUAUAAAUAUAAUAUUAUAAAUACGCGUAUACAUAUAAAAUAUACAUAUAUGCAAUAUAAAUUAUAUAUACAUAUAUUUGUAUAUAUGUAUAUAUAUUUAUCUGUAUAUCUAUUAUAUACAAAUGACUUUAAAAUUAGAUUAAGGAGACACGCAUAAAUAUUAUAUUAUAUUAUAUAUAAAUAUAUAUAUAUAUAUUAUAUAAAUCUAUAUAUUAACGAAAGAACACAUAUAUUUUUGGCGCUAGCGAGUCUAAGACGAAGCGUGAAAUUCCGUGUAUUAAAAUACUGUGAAUUUUCGAUAUUAACAAUACAUAUUACGGUAUAUAUAAAGUUUAAUCGUCAAAGAGUGAGAAAGUGAGAAAGUGUGCGUUCCGUAAAGGCCUUCUGAAGCCUUCCUCUAGAAUAAUGUUUUCAAAAAAAAAAAAAAAAAAAAAAGUUCAAUAGAAAAAAACGUCAAAAUAGUCCAGAAAUAUUCAAUGAUUCCAAUUUUUGGCUCUGCAAUUUAUUACAAAUUUUCUUUUCUUUUAAUUUCCAUCGACAAUUUUAUAAAAAAAAAAAAAAAAAAUGAAAUUAAAAAAAAAAACAAUUUUCAAAUAUCAGAAAAAAGAAAAUUGUUAAAUGAAGAAAAAAAAACAAAUUUUUAAAUUAAAAAUGAAAUAAAAAUUUAGAAAAAAGGAUAAAAAAUAUAUAAUAUUUAAAGCCAUUAAAUUGCAAUCGUUAAAUGAAAAAUCACGACUGUAAUGACGUUUUUGAGUAUCCAAAUUAUACGUACAUACAUUGCAUGGUACCUAAAUGUCUGUCUGUCUGUCUAUAUGUCCGUUUCGCUAUUUCUAUAUACCAAUCUGUCUCCUAGACUUAUAGAAUAAUAUUUAAUUAAAUUAUAAAUAGUAAUAAAAAAAAAGCCCACAAUAUCCUAUUAAUCGCCCCCUCCCCCCCCCCAAAAAAAAACCCCUCUCAACAAGUGGAUAUUGUAGGCUUAACAUUUAGAGCCAAUAAGUAAGCUAAAAUUAUGUCAUAAGACUUAAUUCUUAAUAUAAAAAAAAAAAAAUAAGAAGUUGAGGCAGUGUUAAAAAAAAUAUUGGAAGGUUUAAAAAAAAUGUGGAAUGUGAAAUUUUUUCGAAAAAUCAGAUUACUGGAGCCUCUGCAGAAUUUGUGAUUAAAUUGUGCCACUUGUGCCGCGAGAAUUUUAUUGAUCGUCGAGUGAAGAAAAAAAAAGAAAAACAAAAAAAAAAAAAAAAAAAAAAAAAAUUAUUUGAAUCGUGCAAUGCAUUACGAAAGCAUUAAAUAGUUAACUAUAUAGAAACAAUCACGUCGUUUUAAUUUUUAAAUAACGAAAAUUUUUGUGCAAAAAGAAAAAUAAAAUUCAGUCCUACGGUGAUUUAUUUUUCCAAAAAAAAAUCAGAAAAA